AUGGAGUCUCCUCUCGAUAUUUACGAAGAAAUUGGAUCGGCUGGGCGUGAAAAGAGGACUGCGCUCUGGGUGAAGGAACAACGCCUGACGUCAGUAUGGUGCCCCGAGGAUUCCAUUAGUAUUGACCUCCGUUCCCUUGAAGCGAUUGAUAACUACAAGCGCAUCGAGGAACGAAUCGCCAAGGAUAAAGGACAGGACUUGAGUAUUGUGCUAAAUGCCAUCACGAGUGUGAUGUCUUCUAAAGGUGAUCCGAGAUUUAUUGUAUUGGAGAACUCUUCGGGCACAGGCAAGACGCAGAUGGCGUUCAAUUUGCAAACGAGCGGCUCAUGUGACGUAUUUUAUUUGCCGUGCGCCAAGGCUGGAGACGAUGCCCAAUUAGUUUAUAAAGCGUUCAGUAAGCGAACGGUAGCUUUCUUGGGUUGCAUCAACGAAGCUGCGGAGAAGUUGAACGAAGGAUCUGUGGCUGAAUUUUACGGUGCCAAGGAGCUGCGGCUGUACGCCUUUAUUGUCGCUGCGCUCAGAGGUGACGAGAGCUUUCGCGGCCCAGCCACGCGUUUGGAAGUGGAACAAGCAUUUCGGGAAAAAAAAAAAUCAAGCCCUUCGUUUUUUUCCUCGAUGAAUUUGCUCGCCUUGGGUCAUCCUAUGCUGGUGAUGAACGGAAGAUCGUCGAAAAAAGAUUGCGUUUGGUGA